AUGCCCGAAAACAGCCUCUUCGAACACGCAUCGCUGACAGCUCCUGAGAUUCUUGGCGUGUGUCUGCUCAAGAUCUUGUACAACAUUUCUCCUUUCCAUCCGCUCGCGAAGUAUCCAGGCCCUCUGCAUUGGCGAGCCACCAGACUCUUUGCCUCCUACCACCAUGCGACAGGCGAUCUGUACAAGCACAUUACAGCGAUCCACGAGAAGUAUGGGAGGACAGUCAGAAUAGCACCAGACGAGCUCUCCUUUUCGACGCCGGAGGCAUGGCCAGCAAUUUACAACUCCCGACCGCAACUUGUGAAGACCCGGUACCAUUUCGCCACUGACUCGUCGUCGGAGGUGCCCGAGAGCAUGAUCACAGCAAACGAUGCUGAGCACAUGAGACUGAGGAGGCUUGCAGGGCCUGCUUUCCUGAAUUCUGGGGUCAAUGAGGUUGAGCCUGUGCUCCAGCAUUAUUGCAACCAGUUGUGCGAAGAGCUGAAAGACGCUAGCAGAGAAGGGUCGCAGAACAUGGUUGAAUGGUUUCUGUGGGCACUCAACGAUGUUAUUGGACAGCUCGCUCUCGAUCAGGAGUUUGAGUGCCUGAAACAGCGACGUAUGCACCCUUGGCCGGCGUUCCUGUUGGACUCGCUCAAGCAUACCGCGGCCGUGAAUCAAUUUAGAAGGUUCGGCAUAUCAAUGAAGAUGCUUGGACGUAUUGUACCGCAAAAGGUUAUUGAUGCUCGCGACAAUUUCCUUGGUACUGCGAAAACCGCCGUGGAGAAACGACUUGCAAAGGAAAGAGAUGGAGGUGCAGGAAGCGAAAGCCACUUCGACUUGAAGCGGCCUGACAUUGUUGGGUUGAUGCUGCGCGAGAUGAAGAGCGGCGACAAGUUGACCGAUCCCGAGAUUCUGGCAAAUUCGAUCUUAAUCGUUGGCGGUGGAGCAGAAACCACGAGUACCUGCCUGAGCGCCACUUUCUAUCAUCUCUGCAAGACGCCACGCGCUAUGCAAAAGCUGAAAGACGAGAUUCGAUCGACCUUCGCAUCGGCUGACGACAUUACACUCAAAGCUGUCCAGCAAUUACCAUAUCUGCAAGCGACGAUUGACGAGGCUUUACGCAUUCAACCUGUAGCAAGCUACAUCACUCCCCGAGUCACGCCGAAAGGUGGACAUGUCAUUGACGGAGAAAUGAUACCCGGAAACACCUACGUCUCGAUGGGACAGUGGUAUAUGGGCCGAUCGGAAGAGUUAUUUGAUAACGCAAAAGAGUUCCGGCCCGAGCGUUGGCUGCAUUCGGAUGUGCAAAAGGCAUCAAAUCGCCAUGUGGAUGAGAUCUUGAAGCCUUUCUCAAUGGGUCCUCGGAAUUGUAUCGGAAAGCUCCUCGCACUUGCUGAAGCAAGACUCGUGACCGCGAAGCUUUUGUGGCACUUUGACAUGGAGUUGGAUGGAGAUCACGCCACUUGGGUGGACGAUGCUCGGUUCUACAUUUUGUGGCAGCUGCAACCGUUGAAGAUUAAGUUGACGCCUGUACGGUAA